UGAGAAAACAUCGGACUCAGUUGACCUAAGGCUCGUAAAGACUAUCAGCAUGGCGUCGUACAAAGAUUUGUCAAUCACAAUACCAAACUCGUGGGGUUUCACUGAAUUAUAUAGAGGAACAAAACGGUGUUUGGUACUUUCACACGUACGGUUGAUGACCAAUAAUGACACAGAUGGUCCUAUUGUAGACAAAAGUGUCAUAAUCGACGUAGAUGGCAUAAUUGAUUAUAAGAUUUAUGGAAAAUCGGUCGACAUUCAUGAAAUUAAGAUCUUGCAAAAUAUGAACGAUGUAACGUCGCUCCCUGUUAUUUUAUCGAAAUUCGAGCGCAUGCGAGUUUGUCAAAGAGUUGGGCCAGUUGAAGAAUGUUUUAUUCAACGAGACAUCGCGUAUCGAACUUCUAGCAAUGAUUGGCAUCAUCGAUUGUGAAUUGACCACCAAGGGAAAAAGGUGCAAACAUUGCAAAAGAUUGAAAAGCACGUUGCUGCAAAAACAGGCACGUCUUAAAAAGCGUGAUCAAGUGAAGAAAGUCGUGCGUCUCGCAAAUUCAAUUGAUCAAAAAAAAAUUAAUGCCUUGAGAAAAAAAUUGAGCCAAACGCGUCGAUUAAAAAAUCGAUCAAAAUAUCGAAUCACUGUGUUGCAAGAUGAGUUAAACUCGAAGCAAAACGAGCUGGCAAAUAUUCAGGACGAAACGUUGGAGAAAAAAAUUCUUUCUUUGAAUAUACCAACAACACAGCAAAAUACGUUGAAAGAAAUAAUAACUUCAGCGAAAACACAAAAGAGAGGUCAUCGAUAUUCAGAAGAAUGGAUAAUGCUCUGUAUGUUAAUGAACAUACGUUCACAUGGAUAUUACGAAUUUUUACGAAAAAACAAUGUUAUCUCAUUACCGUGUACCCGAACUAUUCGAAAUUAUUUUACAAUGAUUAACACAAAAUGUGGUUUUGAUAGUAAUUUUUUCAAACUGCUAAAAAAAAGUUUUGCUUUCAAAAAACCGAUGCAACGCCACGGAAUAUUAUUGCUCGA